AGAUUACCGAGUGCGCAUGACUUUUCGGGUCCGUGGGAGCCUCGAAAACGAGAAACUGGAGGAGUUGGUCGACCGAGCCAUUGAAAUGGGUGGACAGGUUCGUGCCUACGUGGGCACGCUGCUCAUACUCCGGCUCCCGACCAGCCCCACCAGUGUGACUGCCGAGUUCAUCAAGCAGGUCACUGACAGGGCCAGCUAUUACGGCAUCACUUCGCUCAACAUCAGUCUGCCGGACAGCGAGGAGAUUCAUAAAAGAGCUAUAAGCGAGUCCAGGAAGGGUAUUAUCAGUUACGCUGGAUACACUGCUAGCUACCUUGACAGCUCUGAGCAAGCCCUUAGAGCUCUCACAGAACCCAAAUUGUGGCAACGUAUGGAUUCCGCGUAUAUGACUAUAAGCCUCUUGAAACAGACAGUGUGGAAAUACGUCUCUUUCUACAUUCAUUACAGAUUGUUCCUGAUUAUUACGAUGCUAUCAGCAAUGGUGACAGGCGCCAUAAUCGGCGUGUUCCUGUCGUACCAACUGAACGAGAUGGCGACAACCAUGUCCUCGUCCCGCUGGCAAGGAGAAAAGAUGACCGUGGAGUUCAUGGAGCAGAGCACCAUAUUAGUGCUCAGGGUGUCCUUUACGGAUGAAGCCUUCUCGAUCGCUACUGGCUACGCCAUGUCAACUACGGGAGCGAAACCUGUGGAGACGGCCAACAUGUAUUACACCGCCAUACCGUUCACUGAGAGUUUGUCCGAGUACCUGGUGCUGCGAGCGAUUGACUCCCCACAACACUAUGUGUACGCCUACGCUUACGGAAUGGAAUUGAAGGAUGAGGAGAACCUUGACAUCCACGUGUUAUACAGCCCGAUUCAUCACGAUACCGCAGCAGCGGCGCGGUCGUUAGGUCGCGUAUACAUGGCCCUUCUGCGGCAUUACACCAAAAAUCUGGACGCGGACAUCCAAGUUACUGAUGAUCCGCUCGUGCUUGACUCUGCUCCGUCUCAAAAGAAAACCAAAGUUCCGCCGCUCGUCAUACACUUUAUGCUGAUUAUAACUAUAGCGCAUAUAACCUUGCUGCCUACAAUGGAACAUGGUCUUAUAAGACACAUGCAGGUGAACGCGAUGAAUUUCUCCCCUUUCCGUUACUGGUUCUCCCUCUUCUGUUGCGAUAUCGUCCUCUAUUGGACCCUGGUGUUCAUCAUUACAACUGUUCUCUUCUGCGUCAUGUACUGGGUAGCACCGGUUCAUUUCUUGCACAGGGAUUUGAUCGUGAUCCCGUUUAUGCUCGUAAUGUAUGGCUUUAGCUGCGUGCCGCAAGCAUAUCUCUUCAGUUUGGGACCCAGCGGAGCUUUAAACUCUAUGUCCUUCGUCAUAUUUAACAUAAUUUUCGGUGAAGCUUCAGUAAUAAGCCAGUUUAUUCAAGGCGACGCGUUCAACCUAGCCGAGAGGGCGCUCAGCCUCUCCCCACAAUAUAACGUGGCCAAUGCAUUCGUUCAGAUCACCAAGAUCUUUGUCUACAAUAGCGAAUGCGUCAUCUACAAAGCUAAGAAGCUCUGCAAAUCUAAUGUGUUGCAUAAAUGUUGCAAAAAGUGUGGCAUUAUGCAAGCCUGCUUCGAGCGUAUAACCUACCUAUCUAAAGCCGGCAUCCGCGACGAGAUUCUCUGGACCGUCUACCACUCUCUCAUCUUCAGUAGCCUCCUCUUCACCUGGGAGUACAAGGUGUUAGACAUAAGUAGUUCGCGACGCGAAUGAAGGGUUCAAAUGAAGUACUUCACUUGAUAUAUCUCCUUCAUUCACUAGUUUGGAUUUCAUGACAUCAUUUAGUACCUACUUCCGCAGCUCAAUUAAUCUACUUAUUCGUUUACUUACUAAGGUUUUUCGCUGAAAGGACAAAGACACCAUUACGCUACGUUUAAACCUUCAAUUCAUAGAUUUGUAUUUGAUUGAUAUUGAAUCUUAUCAUAUUACUCAUAUUAGUCUUCAUGUUCAAUCAUCUAACAAAUUCUUCAUUUCGUUCAAUACAUAUAUCCUGAAUGACAGAUCUGAAACGAAUAGGUAGAUAUUACUGUUGAAGAUACAGAUGAAUCUGUUCUAAUGAACUUGGGUAUUACUCUUAUCUUUUCGUUUACACAUUUUGUGCAUGCUCAAGGUGCUCCAGCGUCUGUGGUACUUUGCGCGCCAACGCUGGUUCCCGCCGGAGGAGCCCCCUAUGACGAUGGAGGCUGCGGGGGGCACGCAGGAGCGGUCCGACGUAGUGGCUAAAACCAUAUAUAUGAAGCAGAAGAAGAAAAAGAGGGGUAU